AGUAGUGUGCGGGACGUCAAAGGGAGAGGUCACGUUGCUCCCGCUCCCGCCUUGCCCCUAGUGCCUGUGACCCUGCUUAGUAUUGCGUGACCUGACCUGGUAGGCUGGCUGGCCCCUGAUUGGCCCUGAAGGAGGUGACGAGGGGCAGGGGGCGCGUGGCCAGCCUGGAAAUUCUCCUCAGUAGAAGAAUUUUUAUCCUCCUCCUCCUCCUCCUCCUCCUCUUCCUCUUUUUCCUCCUCCUCCUCUUCUUCCUCUUCUUCCUCUUCUUCUUCCUCCUGUUCUUCCUCGCCCUCUGCGUUGGUCAUCCUAAAACUAAGGUACAGAUUAAGGAAGGCAGUUGAAACAGGAUGUGCCCCUGACGAUGGUGACGCGGCCCAGCAUGGCAGAGGCUCGCCCGGACACACCCAAGAAAUAUACGUGCGCUUGUGGUCUUGCGCAGGAAGAGAAAAAGAGCAAAUUUUUAGGGAGGUGUCGGAAUUGUCACACAAGAGCGAAGUACUUGCGAGGCCAGAGCAGUUUUGACGCGGGGCUCCUCUCCCGAGGCUGGAGCGGCACUGGAGGGGGGCUGGGCAGUUCUGGUAGCUCUCCUUACAGCAGUACAGUAGGGAGCGCCAAUAAUAGUGAUGAUGGAGGAGGAGGAGGGGGUGGGGGUAGUACUGGGGCUGGUACGACUACUAUAACCACCACUACGACUACUACUACCACUACUACGGCGUCUGGGGGUGGUGAUAGUGGUGGUGGUGGCGUGAGAGUCCAGCCAAGACGGCGUUCACGAAGCAUGGACAGAUAUGAUGCUUACAGAAUAAUAGACCCGCCGCCGUACAGCAGGGUGGCGGAGGCUGCGGGCGCGGGUGGGCGUGGCGGGCGCGGGCGUGGCGGUGCGGGCGUGGUGCGGCGGGCGGAAAGCGAGGACUCAGCCCGCACGCCGCGCGCCUCCAAGAUACAGACGCCGCCGCCCCCCUACGAGGUGGCGCAGAGUGAGACUUACUACCAGUUCCCGCCGACCUACGAGGAAGCGCUGGCCAACUCACUCUCCCGCAUGAGGGUCGCCGCCCCCGCCCCCCCAACAGCCAGCCAGGCCGCCCCCGCCCCUGCCAUCACCCCCCCGCGGGGCCCCAUCCUGCCCCCCAGCGUCACCUCCACGGCGGCACUCUUGCCUGUCGGAGUGCUGACGAGCCGGCCGUCGCGCGUGUUGGAGGAGCAGGCGGCGGUGUUGGAGGCGCAGAGGGAGGCACAGAGAGAGGCACAGAGGCAGGCGAGACGGGAGGCACAGCUGGAGCAGGAGAGGGACAUGGAACGCCAGAGAAUCCGUGAACUACAGCUGGCACAGUACUGCGGGUGUGCCAAGUGCCAGAGCCUCUACUAUAGCUACUACUAUGAAGACUCAAUGAAUGAUGGAGGCACCUUCCCCAUGGAGACACAAGUGCUUAUGCAAGAGGUGCUGACGGACGGCCUCGCGUUCUGCACCCUCAUGUAGCGACGUCGAGUGGUUGAGGAGUGCAGGGGCGUGUUCGUCAAGGGAGGCACGGACAGGUGGAGGUGAAGUGAUGUUAGCGGAAGGGAAAAAAUGUGCUUUGAGAAGGAAGGUGAGGAAAAGCUUGCCUCAUUUGUAAGGAAAAUUGAGGAAUGUAGCAGAAAAAUGUGAUGAGAAGGAUUGUAUUGGAAAAUUUUUGCGUGUCUGGGGAAAAUAGAGGAAUGUAGAAGGAGAAAUGUGUUUUAAGAAGGAAGAUAAGGGGAAACUUGUCGUGUUUGUAAGGAAAGUGAAGGAAUGUAGAGGAUAAAUGUGUCUAAAGGAUAGUCAGGGAAAAAUUUUCUCGUUUGUAUGGAAAAAUGAAGGAAAUUUUGCGUCUCAGGAAAAAUAAAGGAAUACAGAGGAAAACUGUCUUGUUUGUGUGGAAAAUAAAGGAAAAUUUGUCUCGUUUGUAUGGAAAAUGAAGGAAAAUAUAAGAAAAUGUGAGAAGAAGGAAAACAAGGGAAAAUUUACUGUUUGCAUAGAAAAUGAACGAAAUUUUGUGCUUCUCAGGAAAUAAAGAGAAAACCAAGGAAUAUAAAAUGAAUCACAAAGGAAUAUAAAGGAAAAAUUUUAUUAGGAAAAAUUGAAGAAAAAAUAGCAUAGUUAAUGGAAUCACAUAUACAAAGGAAUCACAAAGGAAUAUAAAAAAAAACAAAGGAAUCAUCUUAUGAAUGGGGGAAAAAGGAAAAUUGUGUUAUUGGUAAAGGAAUCAAGUUUAAUCAAAGAAAUAUAAAGGAAUCACAAAGGAACACAGAAAAAUUGCUAAUAGUGAAGGAAUCGAGUUUAAUCAAAGGAAUAUAAAGGAGUCACAAAGGAACUUAAAGGAAAAUUGUGUUAAAAGUGAAAGAAUCGAGUUUAAUCAAAGGAAUAUAAAGGAAUCUUAAAGGAAAAAAUCGUGUUAAAAGUAAUAGAAUUGAGUUUAAUCAAAGGAAUCACAAAGGAACAUAAAGGAACAUUGUUAAAAGUAAAGGAAUCAAGUUUAAUUAAAGGAAUGUAAAGGAAUCACAAAGGAACAUAAAGGAAAAAUCGUGUUAAAAGUAAUAUAAUCGAGUUUAAUCAAAGGAACCACAAAGGAACAUAAAGGAACAUUGUUAAAAGUAAAGGAAUCGAGUUUAAUUAAAGGAACAUCAAGAAAAUUGUUAAAAGUAAAGGAGUCAAGUUUAAUUAAAGGAAUAUAAGGGAACAGAAAAACUGUGUUAAAUAGUAAAGGAAUGAAGUUUAAUUAAAGGAAUAUAAAAGGGGAACAUUUCAUUGGUGAAGGAAUCGAGUUUUUAUCAGUAAGAAAACCAAGAAUAAGUUAUAUCAAAUGAAAAAAAAAAUAAUAAUAAUAUAAAGGAAGAACAAAGGAACAUAGAGUGAAACGUGUCAUUAAAAUAGUGUCCCUCCUACAUUUAAAAAAAAAAAAACGAAAAAAAAGAAAAGGAAAACUGCAAUUAUUUAGAAAACAAAUAAAAAGGCAUAAUUUAUAAAGGAAGUAAAGGAUUAUAAAUGAAAAAUAAUAUGACCUUAAUGAGAAUGAAUAUAAAGCACACCAGCAAAAGUAAAGAAGUAAACAAAGGAAUAAGGGAUAAGAAAUAUAAAAGAUAAACAGGGAAAUAUAAUAGAAUCAAAGGAAUAGAGGAAAAUAACAAAGGAAUAUAAGGAAUAAAUAAAAAUCCCUGUACUGCCAUCACUAACGAACAAAAACAAGUAACAAAUUAAUAUAAAGGACUAACGGAAGAAUGUGGAGGAGAAACAGCAGCAAUAAAGGAAGAACAAAGGAAGAUAAUAGAGAAUAGAAAUACAGAAAGAGAGAAAUGAAGGAAUGCAAAGGAAUAUAAAGGAAACAAAGGAAUGAAAGAAACACAAAGGAAGAACAAACAAGCAAAAACUACUACUACUACUACUACUACUACUACUACUACUACUACUACUACUACUACUACUACCAAUUUAGAGAUUUAAGAGUGUUUAUUGGUGUGAAUGAAAAGUUGUGAUGCAGAAUGAAUAAGAGAAGUGUCCUAAACAUUCUGGGAAGAGGACAAAAGUAAAUGAAGAGAGAAAAUAAGAAAGAGAAAAUGAAUGAAUGAGAAGGCUUGUAAAUAUUUUGUGAUAGAAGAGACUGAAUAAAAAAAAAUGAGAUGCAAUGAAGGUUUGUAAAGUGUUCUGGAAGAUUAGAAAGAAAAAAGUAAAAGAAAACUCAGUAAAUUUUGAUGUUUUGUGAGAAUAGAAAAGAUUGGAGGGAAAUAAAUAAAAGUUUUGUAUUUUUGGGGGGGAGAUAAGAAGUAAAUUAAAUAAAAAAAAAAGAUACCUGGGAAUGAAUGAAUGUUUGUGCAGAAAACAUUCGGUCAUAUAGAAAUAGAUAAAAAAAAAAAUUGAAACCUUGUUGAUAGAAGGAAAAAAAUUUUGAAAGUAAAAGAAAAAAAAAGAAAAAAAUAAAUAAAAUGUUAAUGAAUUUUUGUGAAUUGCUUGCACUAGGGAAAUAAAAGCAAAUACAAAAGAUAUAAACUAAAUUAAUUAUAUUGGAAGAACAGUAACAAAUAAUAUGAAAAUUGCAAUUAAUUUUUCCUCGGUACUUUCAUGGACAAAACAAAAACCAUGACAAACAUUAACAUUAUUUUUUUUUUUUUUGUCUGAAGGAAAUUGAAAGGUAAAAUAAAUAAAUAAAUAAAAGUGAGAGGGGAAAAGAGUAUUGCACUUUUGUUUGUAAGUAUUUUUGAAUGUUGAAGUGACACCAAAGAUAUGAACUUCAAACUUUAGGAAAUACUUGUGAAAGCGCCGCUGGAAGAAAGAGAGAAAGAGAGAGAGAGAGAGGAUGUGUUUUUGACGGUGAAAGAAGAGAUAACAAUUUUUUUUGCAAUUGAUUGUGAAAAAGAAGAUAUAAUAAACUUUUUCGCCAGUGAAAGAAACAAAAGAUUAGAUUUUUUUUUUGCCGGUGAAAGUGAAAAAUUGCACGAACUUUUUGAAGGUGAAAGAAAGAAAAUAUAUUAACAAACAUUCCUUCUUAAUGGUGAAAGAAAAUAUAUAAUAGAUUUUAUAUAACGUUUUUGAAGUGCGACCAUGGAGGAAAAAAAAAAAAAAAACAACAACGAAAAAAAAGGGUAUUUGAAAAUUAUGUACGUAUUGCAAAAUGUCUCGGCCUGCGGGAACAUUUGUGUGUUUGACUCAAAAAGGAAAAGAAAAAAAAUAACAUCGAAUAAUAUACGUAUUUUCAGUGUGUUUUUUGAAUCUUAAAAUUGAGCAAAUACAAAUGAAAGAAGAAAAAAGUCCACAGAAAUUUACGGAAGCAUUUACCAUCAUUCAUUUGACUCGCAGACAUUUAGCAUUGAAUGUUUCCAAAUAUUUCUGAGUCAAAAGUGUUACAAGGAAGGAAACACAUCAGAAACUGUACAUAUUUCAUGUCUACAAGUUUACACCAACCGUUACCAACACUCCCCUCACUUGUAAACAUUUCAUACCCAACUUGUAUUAUUGUUUCUGGGGAUAAAAGCUAGAAAAAAAAUGCAUUAGGAACUGUAUAUAUUUAUCUUCGUGAAAACACACAUGCACAAACAUUUACGAGCAUUCUCUUCACUUGUAAACACUUAACAUUGAACUUCUAAAUGUUUCUUAAUAUAAAAGUUUUGAAAGAUGCAUCAGAAAUCUAUGUAUUUAACUAUGAAGGCAUACACAAACAGUUACUGACGCUGCUCACUUGCAAACAUUUAAUAUUGAACUUAUAAAUGUUUCUGAGGCUCAACCUUUGGAUAAAACCACCAGAUAUUGUACAUAUUUACCUCUCAAAGUUUAAAGGAACAUUUAUUCACAUUUUACUAAUAAACUUUCUUGUAAGAGACUGAUAUGAAUUUAUUUAUUUAUUUAUUUGUUUAUUUUUUUUUUAGUGUGUUUGAACCUCCAGCUUGAAAUUGUGGAAAUAGCAAGAUGUGUCGCAGAAAAUAAUGUAACACUGGAAUUGCUGAAGUGGAAAGAGAGAUGUGUUUACUUCAGGUUGUCUCGGAAAAUAAUGAGGUAAUGUUUAUUUAUCCACAAAUUGCAAGCGAACGUUUAAUCUAAAAUCGGAAAUGUUGGACUUUUCUUUUGACAUAAAUGGUGUUUGGGCUGAAAAAGAAAGUUGAAUUUGAAUAAACCAGCGUGUGAAGGAACAGCUGCACCAGUUUGAGUGACUCGGAAAACAUUAAAAAGAAAUGUGUUUGUACCUUGAAAAUUGAGGAAAAAAAUAAAUAAAAUAAAUAAAAUAAAUAAAUAAAAAAAACAAGAUAUAAUUAUAUACCCUUCUGGGAAAAAAAAAAAAAAAUGUACAAUGGUUCCCACACUGAACUCGAAAACAUGUGACAUUGAGGUUUUCUAAAUGUGUCUGCACCUUCAAGAUUGAAAAAAAAAAAAAAAUAAUAAUAAUAAUGAAAACGAAAAGUGUGCGCAUUUGACACACUCAAGAAUUAAAAAUAAAAAAUAAAAAAAGUAAAAAUAGAAAAAACAUCAAAAGGAACCAUUCCCCAUAUUGAACUUAAUCGAAUACAUUUGCUAUUGACCUUUCCUGAACGUCUGUAAAGGUUAACGUAAACAGAAAACAAAACAGAAAAAGUUGUAAAUAUUUCACAUCCUCGAGAAAAAAGAUACAUAUGGAAUAUUUACCCACACUGAACUUAGAAAACUAUUAAAUACGAACUUUCCUAAUUGCGUUUGUACCUCGUAAGUUUGAAAAAAAAAAUGGUUGUAAAUAUUUCACAGCGUCAAGAAAAUAAUAAACCUAACGCGCAUUGUAAACAUUCACCCACAUUGAACUUGAAAAAACUUAAAUAUAAACUUCAUGAACGUUUGUAAAGGCUGAAGUGGAAAGUUGUAAAUAUUUCACAGCCUCUGGGAAGGAAAAUAAGAUAAAUAAAUAAAUAAACAAUUAUAUACGGUAUAAUAUUCACUGGGACAUGUAUUCACCUUGAACUUACAACACUAUUUUGAUCUUCCCUAGAUACAUUCAUGCCUCGACAUUUGAGAGAAAAAAAAAAGAAAAUUAAUUGUAAAUAUUUCACAGCCUCGGGAGAAAAAAUGUAAGGAAAAACUCUAUAUAAGCACGUUUCCCUCAACACUGAACUUACAAAACUACAAUGAACGUUUUUAAAUGUGUGUGUGAAGACUGAGGUUAAGAACAGAACUUGAAUUAUCACAUGUAAAUACUCCCGUGAACUUUAAUGAAUGCGUGAAGCUUCAACUUAAAAAAAAGAAGAAGAAGAAGAAGAAGAGCAGUGAUAAGAUGUAAAUAUUUCCACGUGUUUUUGAAAGUCUCCGGCAACACACCGCCACGCUUCACUUACUGUUCCUCUUCGUGUUGAAUGUCUGUCUGUCCUCCAUGCAACGUGUCCACGGCACUCCAUACCCACGCCACUGCACCCACACCCACCUCAAGGCAUUCAAACCCAUAUGAAGGCAUUUAAACCUACCACAAAACAUUUAAACUUGUCUGAAAGCAUUUAAACCGAUAACAGAGGCAUUUAGAUUUUUUCAAGGCAUUUUUUUUUUCAUCAAAGAGGCAUUUAACCCUGUCUGAAGGCAUUUAAACUUGUCUGAAAGCAUUUAAACUUACCACAAAGCAUUUAAACUUACCACAAAGCAUUUAAACUCAUAAAAGAGGCAUUUAAUUUUUUUUUUCAAGGCAUUUUUUCCUGUCAGACAUUUAACCUUAUCUGAAGGAUUUUAAACUUAUCUAAAGGCAUUUAAACUUAUCUGAAGGCAUUUAAACUUAUCUGAAGGCAUUUAAACGUAUCUGAAGGCAUUUAAACUUGUGUGAAUCUGUAAUAGGGACAUUUUAAUCUCUGAAGGCAUUUAAACUUAAGCAAUUAAAUAUGUCUAAAAGCAUUUAAACUUACAUGAAGGCAUUUAAACCUGUCACAAAAGCAUUUCAAUCUAAAAGAGUGUUUAUACUAAUUCGAAUUGGAUUUUAAUAUGAUUGGAAUGCACUGAAAACCUAAAAAAAUCAAGAGUUUCUUUUUGCUGGGUCAGUCAGUGAGUCAGUGAGUCAGUCAGUCAGUCAGUCAGUCAGUCAGUCAGCUGUGUGUCGUAAUGAUCAGCUUCAUUCCUUACCAUCCAUUCAGUUAGUGAGUCAGUAAAGAGGUGGAGUGGCUAACUGGCAUGUUUUUCCUCACAAUCAGUCAAGAUGUCAGCCAGUCAGUCAGUCAGUCAGUCAGUCAGUCAGUCAGUCAGUUAGUUAGCUAGUUAGUCAAGCAUAACUGUCUGGUCUGACUUGUAUCGGCCAGUCAGUCAGCUAGUCAGUCAGUCAGUCAGUCAGUCAGUCAGUCAGUCAGUCAGUCAGUCAGCCAGCCAGUCAGUCAGUCAGUCAGUCAGUCAGUCAGCCAGUCAGUCAGUCAGUCAGCCAGCCAGCCAGUCAGUCAGUCAGUCAGCCAGUCAGUCAGUCAGUUAGUUAGUCAAGCAUAACUGGUCUGAUUUGUAUCUCAGUCAGUCAGUCAGUCAGUCAGCCAGCCAGUCAGUCAGUCAGUCAGUCAGUCAGUCAGUCAGUCAGUCAGCCAGUCAGUCAGUCAGUCAGUCAGUCAGCCAGCCAGCCAGUUAGUCAGUCAGUCAGUCAGUCAGUCAGUCAGUCAGUCAGUCAGUCAAGCAUAACUGGUCUGAUUUGUAUCUCGGCCAGUCAGUCAGCCAGUCAGUCAGUCAAGGAUUGUGAUAACUGAGACUCAAUUUUUCUCAAUCAGCCAGUCAGUCAGCCAGUCAGCCAGUCAGUUAGUCAAUCAUAAGUAGUGAUUCCUGACUGACAUUUUUCUCGCCCAAGUAGCCAGCCAGCCAGCCAGCCAGCCAACCAGUCAGUCAGUCAGUCAGGUGGAGUGGCAAGCUGGCUUCUGCUCUGACCCCUCCCUCUCCCUCCCCCUUACGCCCUUCAAAGAUAACACUGCCCUAUCUCACUACUCUAAUAUAAAACUGUAUAGGCCAUUGUGAAAAAGAAGCAGAAAAUACACAAAUAACGAAGGAAAAUGAUGAGGAAGAGAAUAGACUAGAACAAAAUAGCAUUAAAGGAGAGAAAUAGAUGUUUGUAUGCGUGUGUAUGUAUGUAUGUACGUGUGUAUGUAUGUGUGUAUGUAUGUAUGCAACGUUUUUGAUUUUUGCAUCCAAUUUUCUAUGAGACUCGUGUGUAUACGUACAUAGAUUAAAACGGUCAUGUGUACGUAUUAAACACACAUGCACAUGGUUUAUCUCUUGUUCGUAAGUCGGAGGAUGUACACGCACAUACGAACAAACUUAAUAAUGCACUGAAAAAAAAAACAAAUAAAAAAAAAACAGGAAUAUUUCAGUUAUUAGCAAGUCGCAGUAUAGUUUAGUUCCCCCUGUUAUUCCAGCAGUCCCCCCCCCCUCCACCAGUACUCCGUUUUCUAUCAGUGUUCGCUAAUUAAUGGUAAGGGGGUGUUGUCUGUGGCGUUUAUACUGUUACUAAUACUAUUACUACUUCACCUGCUGUAGUUAUCCUCUGGUGAUGGCCUGACAGAGAGAGAGAGAAAAGAAAACGGAUUAUACUGGAGAGGAAAGAGAGAGAGAGUGUGUGUGUGUGUAAUAGAACAGUCUUGUAUAGUGUAGACCAAAAUUCUGUACUGAGCCACACCUGGUCGUAUUGUGUUAGUCUUGGUCGGUGGGACUGAAAGGAACUUAUUCUGCAACACGCCUGCGCCGCAACUUCACUACAUUGCAAAGGCUCUAGUUGAAGUGACGUGGGUUUUCAAGGGUGUUUUUACGGUUCUAGUGACAGAUUAACAAGAUUUCUACAUUCCAAAGGCUCUAGUUGAAGUGACGUGGGUUUUCAAGGGUGUUUUUACGGUUCCAGUGACAGAUUAACAAGAUUUCUACAUUCCAAAGGCUCUAGUUGAAGUGACGCGGGUUUUCAAGGGUGUUUUUACGGUUCCAGUGACAGAUUAACAAGAUUUCUACAUUCCAAAGGCUCUAGUUGAAGUGACGCGGGUUUUCAAGGGUGUUUUUACGGUUCUAGUGACAGAUUAACAAGAUUUCUACAUUCCAAAGUCUUUAGUUGAAGUGAUGCGGGUUUUUAAGAAUAUUUUUACGGUUCCAGUGACAGAUUAACAAGAUUUCUACAUUCCAAAGGCUCUAGUUGAAGUGACGCGGGUUUUCAAGGGUGUUUUUACGGUUCCAGUGACAGAUUAACAAGAUUUCUACAUUCCAAAGGCUCUAGUUGAAGUGACGCGGGUUUUCAAAGGUGUUUUUACGGUUCUAGUGACAGAUUAACAAGAUUUCUACAUUCCAAAGGUUCUAGUUGAAGUGACGCGGGUUUUUAAGAAUGUUUUUACGGUUCUAGUGACAGAUUAACAAGAUUUCUACACUCCAAAGUCUCUAGUUGAAGUGACGCGGGUUUUCAAGGGUGUUUUUACGGCUCUAGUGACAGAUUAACAAGAUUUCUACAUUCCAAAGUCUUUAGUUGAAGUGAUGCGGGUUUUUAAGAAUAUUUUUACGGUUCCAGUGACAGAUUAACAAGAUUUCUACAUUCCAAAGGCUCUAGUUGAAGUGACGCGGGUUUUCAAGGGUGUUUUUACGGUUCUAGUGACAGAUUAACAAGAUUUCUACAUUCCAAAGGCUCUAGUUGAAGUGACGCGGGUUUUUAAGGGUGUUUUUAAGGUUCCAGUGACAGAUUAACAAGAUUUCUACAUUCCAAAGGCUCUAGUUGAAGUGACGCGGGUUUUUAAGAAUGUUUUUACGGUUCUAGUGACAGAUUAACAAGAUUCCAACAUUCCAAAUUUCUGAAGUGAAAUGGAUUUAAUAAUGAUGACAAUAAAAAAAAAAAAAAAAAAACUAAUCAAAUCAAACGUAAAAGAUUCAAUAACUGUGACAAAUAAUGAAGACUGACUGGAAAUAAUAAUAAUGAUAAUAAUAAUAAUAAUAAUAAUAAUAAUAAUAAUAAUAAUAAUAAUAACAGUGAACAACAGACAGGUACGCGAGGCCACACCAAAGGGUUAUACAACAGGUGAACUUUGCAGGUGAAAAUGAAAAAAAUAUGUAGGAACUUAGUAAAUGUUGUGAGAAUUUUUUUUUUAUUAACUUUUUUUCUCUUUUCCUCUGUGGUUCAUAUUGAAUCACUGUGUGUGUGUGUGUGUGUGUGUGUGUGUGUGUGUGUGUGUGUUGUCUAUCCCACCGCUGCCACCAAUGUUUGCCAGCGAAAUAGGUGUGUGUGUGUGUGUGUGUGUGUGUGUGUGUGUACGCUUAUGCCCCAUGUACGUACGUAUGCUUGAUACAUGCCAAAGUUAUACCAUAAAUGAAUAAUAAAUAAAAAAAAAUGAAUAAAAGUAUACCUAACUGUAGUCGUUAACUAAAAAAAAAUAUAUAAAUAAACAAA